AUGGGUCCAGUAGAGAAACUUAGCCCUGCCCGAAGCUUUUCAGGUUCAGAUCCUGUUCAUCCUCUGUCUCUGCAGGUCCCGCAGCGGAUGGCAGUAGCAGAUGGAACCCCAGAGGACAGCGGCGGUGGCUCCCCAGGAGUCUGGGGUUCCUGGGGCCCCUGGUCUGCCUGCUCGCGCAGCUGCAGCGGUGGUGUGAUGGAGCAGACGCGGCCCUGCCUGCCCAGCUCCUACCGUGGCCGCGGAGGCUCGCGGCCCAGUGGCCCUACGCUGCCCUUUGCGGGCCACGUUGUGUCCGCUGUCCGCACUUCAGUACCGCUGCAUCGAAGCCGUGAGGAGCAACGGGCCCUGGUGGGCUCCGACGCCAGCCGCCCAGGCCCCACAGUGGUGCGAGGCAGCCGACACCCGCAGUCCCGGGGCCGAGAACCCUCAGAGAGAAGGAGCAGGACCCGAGGUCCCAUCGGCCCUGGCAAGUAUGGCUACGGGAAGGCUCCCUACAUCUUACCGCUGCAGACGGAUACCACACACACUCCACAGAGGCUUCGGAGACAAAGGCCUUCAUCCCGGCAUUCCAGGUCCCAGGAGGCAUCUGCUUCUAGGCAGGGCUACAGACCACCAGCCCACCAGUUCUCCCACAACGGACCUCUCUACCAAAGUGACAGUGGCCCUCGUUCUGGACUGCUGGCUUCUGAGGCCUCCAUCUAUCAGCUGCCUCUGACUCAUGACCAGAGCUAUCCUGCAGCUCCAGGUCUCUUCCACAGCCCGGAAUUGAGCAGCAACAGUGGUGCCAGGCCCCAUGGGGCAGCGCAGGCCUUCUCCCAGCCUCUGCGGUCUACAGCAAUCUCAUGCAUCGGGGCCUAUCGGCAGUACAAACUGUGCAACACCAAUGCGUGUCCGGAAAGUGGUAGAAGUAUCCGGGAGGUGCAGUGUGCAUCCUACAACAACAAGCCAUUCAUGGGCCGGUUUUAUGAAUGGGAACCGUUUGCAGAAGUAAAAGGCAAUCGCAAGUGUGAGUUGAACUGCCAAGCAACCGGCUACCGCUUCUACGUACGACAAGCUGAGAAGGUCAUCGAUGGCACCCCCUGUGACCAGAAUGGCACAGCCAUCUGUGUGUCGGGACAGUGCAAGAACAUUGGCUGUGACGACUUCCUGGGCUCCGACAAAGUUGUGGACAAGUGUGGGGUGUGUGGAGGUGAUAACACAGACUGCCAGGUGGUGUCGGGAGUGUUCAAGCACGCCCUCACCAGCUUGGGCUACCACCGAGUUGUAGAGAUCCCCCAAGGAGCCACGAAAAUUAACAUUACAGAAAUGCACAAGAGCAACAACUAUUUGGCCUUGCGAAGUCGCUCUGGCCGCUCCAUCAUCAAUGGGAACUGGGCGAUUGACCGCCCGGGGAAGUAUGAGGGCGGAGGGACGAUGUUCACCUACAAGCGACCCAAUGAGAUCUCCAGCACUGCUGGGGAGUCGUUUUUGGCUGAAGGUCCCACCAAUGAGAUCCUGGAUGUCUAUAUGAUACACCAGCAGCCCAACCCAGGAGUCCACUACGAGUACGUGAUCAUGGGGAACAAUGCCAUCAGCCCACAGGUGCCACCCCACAGGAGACCAGGAGAGCCUGUCAAUGGGCAGUUGGAGGCCGAAGACAGGAGCCCGGAGGACAGAGAAGAGAGGGAGAAGAACCAGGAGAAGGAAGACUCACGUGGCGAGGCCCCUGAGGUCUUGACGUCGGAAUCCUCACACACACAGACCUUCCCCAUCAGGCAUCCUGAUAGAUUCCCUCCCCACCGACCAGACAACUUGGUGCCACCAGCCGCACAGACCCCCAGGCGAAGCCGGGACCACAACUGGAAGCAGCUGGGGACGACAGAGUGCUCCACCACCUGUGGGAAAGGAUCACAGUACCCGAUCUUCCGCUGUGUGCACAGGAACACACACGACGAGGUUCCUGAGAGCUACUGUGACCCCAGCAUGAAGCCGACCCCGGAAGAGGAACCCUGCAACCUCUUCCCCUGCCCAGCCUUCUGGGACAUCGGAGAGUGGUCUGAGUGCAGCAAAACCUGUGGCCUGGGCAUGCAGCACCGCCAGGUCCUGUGCCGCCAGGUGUAUGCCAACCGCAGCCUGACGGUGCAGCCUUACCGAUGCCAGCACCUGGAGAAGCCCGAGACCACCAGCACCUGCCAGCUCAAGAUCUGCAGCGAGUGGCAGAUUCGGACCGACUGGACCUCGUGCUCGGUGCCCUGUGGCGUGGGGCAGCGGACCCGGGAUGUGAAGUGUGUGAGCAACAUCGGGGACGUGGUGCAUGAUGAGGAAUGUAACAUGAAGCUCCGCCCAAAUGACAUCGAGAACUGUGACAUGGGGCCCUGUGCGAAGAGCUGGUUCCUCACAGAAUGGAGUGAAAGGUGCUCGGCCGAGUGUGGGGCUGGAGUGAGGACUCGUUCGGUGGUGUGCAUGACCAACCAUGUCAGCAGCCUGCCUCUGGAAGGCUGCGGGAACAACAGGCCGGCAGAGACUACGCCCUGUGAUAACGGGCCCUGCACGGGCAAGGUGGAGUGGUUUGCUGGCAGCUGGAGUCAGUGUUCGGUCGAGUGUGGCAGUGGGACGCAGCAGAGGGAGGUGAUCUGUGUCAGGAAGAAUGCAGACACCUUCGAAGUGCUAGACCCCUAUGAGUGUUCGUUCCUGGAGAAGCCCCCGAGCCAGCAGCCCUGCCACCUCAAGCCUUGUGGGGCUAAAUGGUUUAGCACGGAAUGGAGCGUGUGCUCCAGGAGCUGUGAGGGCGGAUUCCGAGUCCGGGAAGUACGGUGUCUGUCAGAUGACAUGACCCCGGGCAGCGUCUGUGACCCCCAGUCGAAACCAGAAGAAAGAGAAUCUUGUAACCCUCAGGACUGUGUCCCGGAAGUUGAUGAAAACUGCAAGGAUAAGUACUACAACUGCAACGUGGUGGUGCAGGCGCGCCUCUGUGUCUACAACUACUACAAGACCGCUUGCUGCGCCUCCUGCACCCGCGUGGCCAACAGACACACAGGCUUCCUGGGGAGUCGGUAACACUCCUGCUCUCCUGGGGCUGCAGGCAGGGCCCCCGGCUGGUUGCUGCUCCACUGGGGAUCCCCACUCUCACCUUCAUGAAGAGUACCACAUGGUCGGUCCCCAAGAUGUUAGAAAGCCGUGGCUGGCCCUUUGCGCAUUGCUCUGUCCUGAUGAUUCCCUUCCUGGGGACCUGGCACCUGCUAAUGGCGCCCACUGAAAACCAAGCAGCCAAGUGCAUUCAGCUCUCAUCCCAGUGUAGUGCUGGACCACUGACCAAGCACAGCCUCCUUCCUGGUGCCCCUGGCCUGUCCAGAAUUAACACUCCUCUGGAAAGUCAAGAAAGGACAGCACCCCAUCCUAUAUCACCAACAAGCCUUGCUGAGACCUGUGCAUCCCUGUUACCUCAGCCCAGCUGUGCUCGCCAUUCUUAAUGACAAUAGACUGUUUCCUGCCUCAGGACAGACGGAUCUCACAAUAGAAAGCUUUCUUGUCUAGCAGGUACUUGCAUUCUCAGCCAUUAGCUCACUGGAGGUCGCAGCGUCCUAGAAUGGGAGGCGGGGGUUGAAUAAGUGUUCCCACUUUACUAGCAAGGAAACUGAGGUUCAACUCAGGUAACUGACCUGCCAUUCUGUGGCAGGCCUGAGUGCCUACCUCAGAUGACUGAGCAUAAUCUCACCCCACGGCACCUCCAGGGACCAGCCUGUCCAUAGGCCUGUAGUCUAAAGAGUGAACGGGGCUUCCUAUCUGACCAGGAGGCUGAGAAGUUUUGCAUUCUGUGAACAGAACCCAGGCUUCUGAAGCCCUUGCUCUGUCCCCAAGUGCUGCCUCAACCAAGUACUUGGUUCUUUCAAGAUGUCCGCACCCCUGUUCCCCUUCCCUCAGUUGCAGCUCCUGCUGACAGGACUCUGUGGUGUUUGCUAAGUUCCAUCCUCAACAGAACCAUCCCACAAGACAAGAAAGCCACAGGGAGAGCAAGAAGGUGGCCAGCGAUUCUAUGGGCCACUCUGGAGCUGGAACAAACUCCCGAAUCCCACAAGCUCUUGUUCCACCAUCCCUCCUGGGUUCUUCAUGGUGUACCACCUGCCAGAAGCCAAGCCAGUAGGUCCCAGCAAAUCUCCACGUUGCAAAAGGCGGAGUCUUAUUUGGACCUUGUGGGUUGGUUAAAGGGUUUCUCUCUGGUAGUCUCACAUCUCUCCCCUCCCCUCUCCUCCUCUUCCCUUCCCUUCUCUACCCUCCCCUCCCCUGUGACUCAUGACUCUUUCCACAAGACUUGACCAUCAAGAUCCAUUUUAAUGAUGCGGGUCUGGGAGACAGAGCUCUGAAGUCCUCCCAAUCUUCACUGACUCACUUUACCCACCUGUAAUUCCAGAGGCCCCAGGCCUGAAGGGACUCGGUGCAUAUUGAAAGGUGAACCAUCUCCAGGGGUUGGGGGAGACCAUUAAGAGGAAUUUUUUUUUUUUUCUUAUUUCGGGUCCUAGGCAUGUUUCUCUUAAAGCAAGCACAUACCCUUAGCACAGGGUCCCUCCAUGAGCUCAUUGCCUGCACCAGGCAGUGUGGCAAUCAUUCACAGCCACGGGGAUAGUGUCACCUGUCUGGUCUGACACACUCUGUCAGGAGCCACUGGCUUUGGCCUUCUGUGAGUGUCUCUCAGCAUCCAUCUCUGCUUGGGAAGUCAGGCUCCACUUCCAUCAGCAACUCCGCCUCUCCUGCUGUUCAUGUGGCACGCAGAUACACAGCCAGGCAGAGACCACGCUUACCAUGCUAAGCACGAAGAGAAGCCACCGCACACACAGUUUCUGUCCGGUUCCCGCCUGGCCCCUCUCACUGCAUGCUUUUGCUCGUCCCAGGUAACUUUUCCUUUGUGUGGCCAUUCUCAGAUCUUGCUGGACAAGCCAGUCAGUUGAAGGAUUCCUUGGAAGGUGUUUGUGUACCUGCCAGAGGGUAAGGCAUGCAUGGUCUGUGGGUUAGCUCCAGGGAAGGAAAAGGUCCUCGCAGCUGAAGCCACACAAUGGGCUACACAGGGACUAAAGAACUUCUCUGUGGAGAGUGAGCAUCCUGGUCCUUCCAACUGACAAAUUCUCAGGGCUGGGCUGGGUUAAUGAUGGCUUUGUCUGUCCUGUGUCUCAGACAUCACCUCAUAGUUCUCAGGAAGGGCAAUGAUCCUCCUGUGGAGUGGAAGUAGGUCAGAGCCAAGGGGUCAGCCCUGGUCUUCAGGCAAAAAAAGAAAAGAAAAAAAAGAAACAUCUCACCUGAGUUCAAUAGAUUUUUCCAGAAAAAUGAACUGUGCUCAGGAGUCCAGUCCCCUUUUAAAGGUUAUAGAUUUCUAGAAUGGGGUCCAUUAACCUCUUUGUUGGAGAAGGCCAAUCCGUCAGAUGUCUUGGUUUCAUCUUCCAUCACCUGUAUGGCUUUUCUCCCUACCACAGUGUGUGUAGUGGGGCCUUGGGGAUCCCCAGUGAUCACCAAGGAAGGGAUGCCGGUCCCCGAAGAUGGCUCUUUAUCUGCCAUCUCCUUCUUGGGACUCUCCACAUUCCCUUCAUUGGCUGUGAUGUGGAAUUGAAAUUUAUAUUUCAAUACUGAUUAUCCCC